ACUUUUAGUUUGAGACGUUGAUGAUCCCGGCUUCGAACAUCCCUACAUCUUGAUAUAGCGUAGCCAAGGUCGACCCCCUCCCCCUUCCCCUGAGUGCGCACGAAACGCUGACUGACUUCAGGCUAUAUUAGACGGUGACGGGCAAAAAAAAGAGUGUCGUCCGCUUUUAACCAAACGCUUGCAUAUGCGUGACGCAAGAUCCUUGAUAAACUUCACCUCUUUUCAUGCUUAGCUUCUCUGCAUCUUCAUUAAUUUUUAAAAGGCACUCACCAUCAGCAAAGGUUUAUUCUUUGUAACUCUGCUGUUCUUCAAGUUUUACUAGAACCCAUCCAUCACAUAUACACCAUGACCAGGUUUAGGUUACUCACUCUCCUGUUCUUUAUCGUGAGUUGCACACAUGUCCUCACCCAGGACAUGGACUCUGAAGAAGAAGAAGAAGAGGAAGAGGUAUACUACAUGGGAAUGUACCCAGACAACCCUGCCCAACUCGGCACGGGAAGAGGUGACAAUGUGGAGAUGGAUAUGGAAGAAUUCGACAAUGAGGAGCCACAAAUGCAGGCUAUGGGGGACCCUGAGGAACAACAGGAGGCAGAGGAGGACGCCCUAGAGGCAGCCCAAGAGGCAGCCGAAGAACAAGAAGAAGCAGCACUUGAGGAAGAAGAGGCUGCACUUGAAAUUGCUGAACAGGAAGAAGUAGAAGCUGAAGAAAUGGAAGAGCCAGAGUUUGAAUCGAGUCGAUCUCAGUUCUCCUCGAUUGGGGUCGCCGGAUCAAUGGUCAACCCUGCAAAUCAGCAGGACGUUGGUACUGGUGUAGCAGAAGUAGAAGAAGAAGAAGAUCUUAGUGAGGAAGAUGUAGCUGCUUUGGGAGGACUCGGGGCAGUAGGAGGAGAGCAGAACCUAGGUGGCGUUGCAGGAGACAGUAGUGAAGAGGUGAUGGGUGCUGGUGGAUCAGUUGGUGGAUCAGUUGGUGGAUCAGUUGGUGGAUCAAUCGGAUAUAUGGGAUCAUCUUUCAGUAUGCCACCAGUUACUACAGGUCCUCCAUUGGUGCGGAUAACCACCCAGAAUGCCACUCCAGAGCCCAUCCUUGGAAAUGACGCUGCCGGGGGGGUCGCUGCUGCUGAAACCAGUGAAAACCUACCUCAAGAGCAGACAAUGUCAAAGAAAAAGACCACGGCGAUUGCUGCAGGUGCCGGUGCUGCUGGAGUAGUCGGAAUCGCAGCCGUUGGAGCUGGGUUGGCCUUCAAAGCUGGUCUCAUCGGAGGUGGCGCUGGCAACGCCGCGGCUGCUGGAGGUGCAGCGGCUGUCUAAGAAAAAAAAAGGUCAUGGACUGAAAGACAUUAUCUUUGGUCAAUCAUCUAUUACAGUUGGCAGGGCCUUCUGUCCUGUUCUCAUACACACUGCCAAAAUUAUCUAUAUGCACUCGAGAAUUAUGGAUAAUAUUGUCAAAAAGAACAUCAAGAACCUAUCCAUAUCGUACAUGUCCAUCAUUUCAGAAUAUAAAGUCAAACGGAGCACUUUCCGACUUCUAUUGAAAUAAAGAGCUUUAAUUAUGCCUUAGCAUAAUGUAGCCUGUUUCAAUCAAGAAAAAUAUUUAUAAAUUUCAAUUUCAAUGUCCCCCUCUAUAACAUAAACCUUAAUGUAAACGGGUCAUUUGACGGUAUUGUUCGAAGCUUAGAUCGUUUGAAACAUAACGUAAAUUCAUAAAAUGUAUUGGGUAUAUUUUCUUUAAAAUCGUCGACAAUACAAACAAAUACUUUGAUAUCAUUUUCAAAUCCCUCUAUCGCAUUCUUUACAAAGGACACAUGAUGAAUUUCCGAAAAUGUAAAUGGCAAUGAAUGUUGUGUCUUUUCCUGAGAGGCGUUCACGAAUUUUCCCCGGAAGUUAUAAAUAGACAAAUGGGGUUCAAAGUGUUUAAGUAAAUCUUGAUUUUAGAUCUAUAUUUAAAUGUAAGGUACGAUACAUUUUUUUACUUUGAUUUUGUUAUUACUUGCAAUAAUUUGUGUACUUUUGUAUUCUCGUUGAAUGAAAUAUUCAGAUUGUGGUACAAGGCCUGUACAUUUUUGUCAAUAUUAAACUUUUUUGUUUAAAUUAA